GGUAGCCCCAAUACCAAUGCGCGCGGCGGAGGGCGGUGUGCCGCUCACGCCGCCGCCACCGCUGUUAACGACGCAAGUCAAUCUCAUUCAGACACCAAGGGAAAAUCAUGCGGCGUACGCGUUGGCGCAAUCUCCCGACGGUUCAACACAGGUCUCUGCGCCACCUGUAUACCACCGUGCAUCGUCCAUGCCCAUCGACGAAGAUGCGCAGUAUGAUCGGUACAUCGCGGGUGCAAAGGAUCCAAACAACGUCACUGCAUUGGACCAAGCGAUGAAAUGGAGCGUGCGUGCGAUGAGGCAGUUGUCCUUCUUCUCGUACUACGGCAACACGUUCGUAAGCGCGCGGAUGAUCUCGUGGACUGUUCAAAUCACAGUCAUCCACGUUGCCCUGCUUGCGAGCCUCUUUGCAUUCACACCCGAGCUUCGCAAGUAUUCCUACAGGGAUCCUUCCGGCUCUGGUACCGGCCAUUGCGACGACAUUGUCGACGGCAUCGAGAUCACAGUGUACGCAGCCGUCGCAAAUGUGAUAAUCUGCCUGCCGACAUCCCACGCGACCAUAUUCCAACUGUACACGGCGCAGCGGAAGAAGUCGUACCUGCACACGAUCUGCGAGUUUCUCGUGAUUGCCGAGAUCAUCUUUCUCGUCUACAAGCUCUGCUCAGACAUGUACUUGCUUUACAAACGCGACUUGUACCUUGAGUGCCUUCGCGAUCAGCUUCCGAUGGCGCUUCGAACCAAAGUGCUCGUCCUGAUCGCGCUCGACAUCUACGUCUUUGUCGCGUGCUGGUACCAAAUCACACUUUUCAAUCGCAUGCGGGACGUGGCGCUCGGCCAGCGCAACAUCGUCCCAACCAACCGCUUGUUUGAAUUUGCCGACCCCGACUGGUGGAAGGUAUGGCAAGUCAAUCCGGCACGACGAAGGGCAGUGCACGAGAUCAAGCGAGGGCUGUACGAGGCCGCGGCGGCGGGCGAUGAAAAAAGCCUCGAGACUUUUCUUCACCAAGCAAUGGCUCUGGAUGGAGUGGAUUUUCACCGGUCGUGGUACUCAAGCAACCGACUCAUGUGGGGACACUUUGCCACAAGCGCCCGCAAUCCACUGCACGUGGCGGUGAUCAAAGGGCGAACAAGUGUCGUGCAGCGCUUGCUCGCAUGUGGAUUCGAUCCCAACGCCCUCGACAAGAUACAAACGCCGAGUUUGAUGGACCUGAGUGCGUGGUACCAGACCAUCUUCAACGUGCUCGUGUUCCUGCGCAGCACGAAUUUUUCCGAAACGUCAAGCGCGACGACGAGUCGAUACGGUCCGUCCUCGUUCUGGUGCCAGACGCUCCUCACGCCGCUCCACGUCGCCAUGAUGCACAACGAAAGCGCGAUUGUGGGCCUCCUCCUCGCUGCCCACGCUGAUCCGAAUCGAUGCGCCGAAUCCAAUCAGCGUAAAUGCUUGGUUCCACCGCUCUUUCACGUCGACUGCACAAACUGCCUCCGCCUCGUCAUGGAAGCAGGUGGCAAUUUGCUCCACAUCCCUGGCAACGGGUUCUUCAUGACGGCGUACGAAGUCGUCGUCCGUAGCGGCAACUUUGCCUUGGCCAACGUUAUGGUCGAUUGGGGCGCUGACAUCGCGCUUACUCCCAUGCAUGCCGCCGCUGCGAAUGGGGACUGGAGGACCGUCGCGUCCUUCCUCGAAGCUGGGAUCCACCCCAAUAUACUUGGGGAAAACUCCACCGGGCGCUUUCAUCGCACGCCGCUGCACUGGGCGGCGAUCCGUGGCCAAGCUCGAGUCGUUGAGUUGCUCUUGACGUCGCCGCUUUGCGAUGUGAAUGCGAUGGACACGCUAGGGAUGACACCGCUCGCGUGGUCUUGUGUAUUCAACCAUGACAUGGUUGUGGAUCUCUUGCUCCAAGCGAACGCUGACGUGUCGGUGGUCGAUAGCGUUGGCCGCAGCCUCGUGCUCCUUGUGGCUGGGCAUGAGUCGUAUCAAGACCAUCCUCGUGACAACGUGCUAAAACUCUUGCGUGCAUUUGGCGGAAACCUCCACGCCCGCCAUGAAUUGACGGGAGAGACGGCGUUGCAUGUGGCACUCAAGAAAGGCCAUGUCGAAAUGGCCAAGCUCCUCGUGCAGAUGGGACUUGACGUGACGACGGUCGACAGCAAAGGCAUUCGAGCGAUCGAUUGCGCCACGUCGUCGGAAUUGCAGUACGCCAUUAAGAAAGCGGCCGGCCAACGCGACGUCAUGAUCAGCUAUUGCCAUUCCCACCGGUCGUUCGCAUUGAAAGUGCGGCAGUCGCUGGAAGACCACCACGUUACGACAUGGAUCGACCAGCUCGACCCGACCGGCAUCGGCGGCGGGUCCGAAUGGCGGGAAGAAAUCGCUCGCGGCAUCCAGAGCGCGUCGGUCGUGCUGGCUGUACUCAGCGAGGAUUACCCUCGAUCGCAGUGGUGCAUGAAAGAACUCGCAUUUGCCAAACUGCACAACGUCCCAGUGGUUGGCAUUACGUGUGGCAACGUCGUCGUGGGGGACGAGCUCGAGGUGUAUCUGUGGACACGACAAGCCGUGGACUUCCGACCAUCGAUUUUGUCAACGUGCAAACUCGACAACCACGUGUCAUUCCAGUUCAACGAAGCCCAGUACCAAGUGCACGUUCGCCAACUCUUGGACGGGCUCCGAGAUGAGAUCGAAGAACGACGAGUGACGUCGGCGGCGCUCAAGCGCCAGGCCAUUGCUCUGCAUGUUCAGCAAUCGCAUGACGGGUCUCGGUGCAGUGGAUCGUCGUCGAUCGUGUCGGUCGCCGCGAGCGACAUGUACGUGUUUCUGUGCCACGGGGACUGCCACCUCUCGUUUGCCAAGACGUUGCAAUGCCAGCUACAGGCUGCCGGCAUUCGGUGUAAGCUGGACCAACAUCGGCCCAACCGGCAAAUGCUGGCGAAAGACAACGUGCUGGACCCCAACUGCAUCGCAGUGCUGCUCAUUCUGUCGGAAUCCUCGACGAAAAGCGAAACCCUUCGAGACCAACUGGCUUUCGCAGAGAAUCGAGCCAAGCCGAUCGUACCGAUACUGCUGUCAUCGCAAGUACUUGACAAUGCGCUUGUGUACUCGUUGUCUCGGAGCACUGUGCACCACUUCAACGCGUCCAUUGGGAUGCAGCAGAGUGUCGACAAUCUCGUGCCCGAUCUCCGAGCCCUCCAGCGACGGGCAACCAAUGUUUCGUCUCCCGCGGGGAUCGACGGGCAGUUUCGAAGGCAAACGAGUCAGGCGAUAUCACUACACCUUCGGGUGUCGCGUGUCAGCGGUCGGGCAACCGAGACCACAGGCACGUCGAUCAGUCCAGCACUUCAUGGCAACCCCCAACAAGUGGAGCAAAUGGGAGACGACUGGAGUCUACAAGUCGAGAACGCCCUGCAUCAAGUGUCCCACGCGCCGACCAGCGUUUGAAACCAGCAUAUAUAGCUAGCUGUGAAGCCCCAGCCAGCUUCCUGUGGUUUGCAUGUUGCGCUGGUUGGAACCACGUGUAGCAUGUCCGCUGUAUUUAAUUAUAGCCAAUCCCGAUGCAUCAGAUGGUAAAUAGGGUGAAUUUUAGCCAAUCUAAUUUGUUGCUUAA